AUGUCUUUACUAGUGCCCAACCAACGGGACCAUGUUGAUGCCCAUGCUGACUUGGAUCAGGAUGAGCUUUACCGUGGUUUGGUAGAGAAGAUCCGGUUGGAGUCCCCGCAGGAGUUGUCUUGGAGGUUUAGUGCAGUACCGGGAUUCUUUGUUCAGUCUGAUCCAGACACUGAUGAUAUGAAUUUCAAUUACGCAUUACAAGAUUUUGGAUUGAAGAAGCCUUGGGAGCAGCUAAUUGAGGAGGUGGACCAUCUCAAUGAGACGAGUGCUGGAAAUGAAUGCUACAAGGUGAUUUUUUUGGCUCGUCAUGGUCAGGGAUUCCACAAUAUUGCCAGCCAGAAAUUCUCCAAGGAAGAUUGGAUGGCCAAAUGGAGAUUCUUGGGGACUGAUGGCGAGAUCACUUGGGGCCCCGAUUCCGACUUGACCGAGUUGGGGGUUCAGCAGGCAGUUCAGAAUAACGAAUUCUGGUUAGAUCAGUUAUCUAAAGGCGCUCCCAUUCCCUCGAAGUUUUUCGUGUCUCCUUUGAGACGUUCAGCUAGCACUUUGGUUCAUACUUGGAAAUCAAUAGAUAUUCCAAAACCAGUGGUAUGUGAAGGUGUGAGAGAAACCAUAGGUCUUCAUCUUUGUCACAAGAGAUCUACAAAAUCAACCAUCAAGCAGUUAUUCCCCAACUUCGACUUUGAGCCUGGGUUUACCGAAGACGAUCAACUCGAACGAGUUUAUUCAUCGGAAAAGGAACAGCUCCAUGAACAGUUUCUUCGUAUUAACUAUUUUUUACAAAAGCUUUUCGAAUCGGACUGGGAUGGAGAAAAAGUUGAUAAGUCUGCUGACUCAACCUUCGUUAACGUGACUUCUCACGCUGGUACCAUGAGAGCAUUUAUCACAGUAGUCGAUCAUAGAAAGUUCACCAUUCCUACCGGUGGCCAAAUACCCAUCGUGGUGAAGGGAGUCAGAAAAGUAUAAGUCAUGUAUAUAUUUAAAAAUAAAACAGUCUAUAAAGUGGUUCAAAUCAGUAAAAC